UAAAUAGUUUAAAUUUUAAGUUUGUAUAUACGUUAGAUUACGUUAAAAUUGGCUAAAACGUACAACAAACUGAAGAGAAAAUGUUUGUUUUGCGCGUUGGCAAUGCUGUUCUCAGGAUUGACAAGAAGAACAAACUAGGAAGCAACAAGAACGAACCUGUUGUGCACAGAAAGCAGUGGAAUGAAGACACGCCGCGAAUACGAAUGCCAUAAUGAACACCAAAACAAACUAUGAAUACACUUCUAAUUCAUAUAAUGGAGGUAUUAUAAGAAAUGAUAGUCCCGCUGCUUUGUUAGACAUGCUUGCAGAAGUUGCAUCUCAAACGUUACAUUCAGAAAAGAAACAUAGUAAAUCAUUGCUGGCUUCACAAUGCAAAUCAAAAGUAGAGUGUACAAAAAGAAAGACUCAGGAAUCAUUGUUCAAUGUUCAGCAACUUUUGUCUAUGCCUGCAUCGCAAUUAGUUAAACAGUUCUCUAUUUUUACAAGCGACGAAUUGAAAAGGCAAUACUCUUAUACAUGUGCUCUUAUUAAUGGAUGUAGUAAAAAAUAUACUAGUUUUGCGAGUGAAGGAAGAGCAAGAAUGUCUAUCAAAGUACAUUUAGCGGAACACCUAGAGUAUUUAAAAACAAACAAGGAAGCCUAUAAGACCUUUACUGCAAAGUCGGUGAAUUAUAAGAAUCAUAAAACAAGCUUGCUAAACAAAAAAAGUAGAUUACAGCAAUCAAGAAAACCCCAGGAGACUUUGAAUAAAGAAAAUAAGAAUGUUAUAGUAGAAAAACCCACAAAUUACUUGCGAAAUAUUCUACUAAACGAUUCUAGUUUUAAAGAACUAAAUAAAAAUAAAAGCUUCGAAAGAGUAGAGAAACCUAAAAAAUUACAUAAUUCUGAACAAAAAGAUAUAGAUAGAACAGAGUUUAAAGUGCUUGGAGAUCACAGUUACUUUGAACGUUUGAAAGAAGAAAUCCCCAAUGGCAGUGAAACGGAAUCCUUCAGCAGUAUUCUUGAGAAUACAACAACAGAUGAGAAUAUUGUUCUUAUGGUGGUUGGCACAGAUACUGUUCAUAUGAAGGAAUAUUCUCAUGUUAAUCAAAAAUUGUCAGAAAAAUUUAGUCAAGAGUCAGAGACCAUUUAUUUACCAGAAAUGACAUGGUUAAGCGAAAGUUGCAAUAAAAAUGCCGACACUAUAGCCACUAAACCUAAAGGAAAAGCAAAAUUUAUAGGCACUAGUAAAGAGGAAAGAGAAAUGGCACUUGCCUUCAUGGAUCGUAUUAAGAAAAAAGGGAAUCCAACAGGGAGUAAUCUUCAAUGUCGAAUUUGUAAUCCACCGCGGAGUUUUACGGCACCUACAACAUUAGUAUCUCACUACCGCAGUCAUGCUGGAAUAAAACCAUACGAAUGUCGUAUAUGCAGAGCAGUUUUCACAAGAAGGCAUAGCUUAAAAUAUCAUAUGUUGAUUCAUCAAAAUCAGACACGAUUUACUUGUGCUGAUUGUGGAAAGAAGUUUAGACAUCCAUCGCAUUUUCGAGAACAUCGACGCAGGCAUACUGGAGAAGCGCCAUUCGGAUGCGAUGACUGUGGACAACGGUUUAAAACAAGGAACACAUACAAACGUCAUUUGAAGACGCGACACGGAAAAGUUUUAACGACCACCGGAGAGUUGUUGUAUCUUUCCGAGGAAGAUUUUCAGAAAGUUCGAACUAACAGAAAAAAGAAAAACGAUGUAAGCAAAGAACAUGUAGCAGACGAGAGCAUAAUUGCAGCAAAAACGAUUAUGCAUUAUCAAAAUGAUAAUAAUAAUCAACUGCAGGGUAUCGUAGCUGACGAAUAUAUUAUAAAGGAAGGUACCGAUGACGAUAAAAAUUGGGAGUCUAACGAUACGAUACGGAUUAUUAAGGAUUGUUUUGAAACUUAUGAGGUUUAUCCGGAAUCUCAAUUAAAGACUGAACUUGUAGAGACUGAAAUAUCUAUAGAUAAUAAAAUUUGUAAUAGAAACGAGAAUAAUUUACCAGAAGAGUAUACAGAAGUGCAAGAAAAUUUAUCCCAAUUACAAAGUAUUUCUUACAAUAAAUUAGAAGUAAUUCGAGAUGAGAAAGAUGAAAUCGUGUGUCAUGAUAAUAUUAAUCAAUCUGAAUUAAUUCAUCGCAACAUAAGUAAGCCGUCGUCGUACAUUGAAAUAAAAUACGAAGACGAUAUACAAUUUCAAGAAAAUGUUGAACUUUCAGAAAAUCGAUUAGAAAGUCAUGUAGAAAUAAUGAAUCACACUAGUAAAAAUUAUGGUGAUGGUAUAUUAAAUAACUCUGUGACUGAACAACAAGUUGACUAUAUAGAGAAUGUAGAAGAAACUGGAGAUAUUUUAUUAAAUCAGAAUGACGAAUGCUUAUUAGAAGGAGAUGAAACUUCAAGUAAUUAUCAAGCAGGAAUAACAGAUUUAACGAAAGAUCAAGCGAUUGCAUCACCAAGCGAUGUUCUCGAAAAAAGUCAAAAGCUGUUACAUCAAACUAAACAACGUUUAUAUAUUCAUAAUCAGCCUUUAACUGGUAUAAUAGUACAAAAUAAAUGCAUCAAUAUAGUGCCGCAUAAAUUAAAAGCCUGUAAUGAUCAGGAAAAUAAAUCAAAAACGAAACUCGAUAAAGGUCAAAAUUUUACAUUCCUUAAUAAAUGUAUGCAAGCAGUCAAUAUAAAGCAAAAUGUAAAUGAAAAUACCAUUUUAUUAUUGACUAACGAUACUUUACAGAAUAGUGUUCUUAAAAUUGAUCAAAAUAACACUGCCGAUAAUGAAAUUAAGAAACAGACAUUUGAAAGAAGUAAGUAAAAUGUAAAUGGUACAAAAUAUUUGAUUUCAGUGAAUUAAAGAUAUUCUACAAUAAAUGCACUUUUAGUAAUGGUUUAAAUACUUUUGUAGUAGUAUAGUUAUAAACAAUGUGCUAAUAGUGUGUAAAAUUUGAAAGCAAUGAUUUGAUUUUUUUAUGUGUAAAUAUUGCAAAGAGAAAUGUAGAUUUAAUACUUUCUACUAUCUAAACAAAUUUUGGACGUGAAUAGACCACUGUAUAAAAAAAAACCAAUCGAAUCUAAUAAAGUAUUUUUUCAUAAUUUUGAUCGUAGGGAGUGCACAGUAUUGUCGUAAGUUUGAUAUACAGUAAGGUUUCGAUAAGCGAGCAGAAAAUGCAUUUAUUUUGUUUCUUGCGAAGUAAAAUUGUUUUUCAAAUUGUCAAGUAUGGAUCUUAUUAUUUUGAAAAUUGAAUCAUCGCGUAUUAGGCAUUCCAAGUGUUAAACUUAGAAAAGGACAGUCUUGUUGAACUUGCUAUAAUAAUCAUGUAUGUACAUAUUAACAAAUUAAGUAAGUAAAAUAAUAACGAAAUCCAAUUUACUUAAAGGUAUUAAUACAAGAUACAGUUACUUAAAAGUUGUAACACUUAUUUCUGUGCCAAACGUUGGUAGUAUAAAUUUUGAAUUUGCCUAAUAAGAACGAAUAUUGAUAAUAAGUUGUUUUGAAAAUUUUCUUAUAUUAUGCUACUAUUUGUAGCACAUAUAUCUAUACGCACAUAAAAUAUACAUUCUUUAGUGCUAAAUGAACUGCACUUUAAAAAAAUGUAAAUAACCAAGUUCAAUACGUUAUGUUCUUAUGUUAAUUUGGAACACUUUAACCACAUAUAGUUGUAUAAUUUACAAUAGUUACAAUAAUUUUGUUGAAGUAUAUCUGAAAAAUGUCUUCCACAGAACUCGAUAGAUUUAUUUUGACAUUACAUUCUCAGUGUCUCUUUUGAAAAUAUAAUAAUUAGCUGAUAAUACAACGAUAGAGAUGAAUAUAAAUAGCUCGUAGGUAUAACAGUUAUUACUAAUUUUGUACAAGACAUAAUGUAGAAUUCUGAAUCUAUUUCAAAAUAUUAUUCAAAUAAUACUUUUUAAUACUUUGUUAAAAUAUACUAACAGUAUGUAAAAAUUAUGGAAAUACAAAGUCUGAAAAUUUUACGUUGAUAAUCGUUUAUAGAAUCACUUUGUUAAGUUACAAUGAACAGAGAUUUGUAAUGAUAUAAUCAUUAGUAGGAUAACUCGUAAUGAAAUAUUUUAAAUACAAUGUCUAGUUCAGAAUAGGAUUAAAUAGUGCCUCUUUUCCUAAUUUAAGGAAUUCAUAUUUUUUUACUGUUUAAGCUUUAAAAAAUUAAACAAAAUCUAAAAAGUUGUAUAUGAUAAGUAACUAUCAACUAAAAAUGUUAUUUUUCUAGAUAUAAAUCUAUUCAUUUUGAUUUGCUUCUUUGAAAGCUGCAUUUUUUCUAUGUAAGAGAGAAGUUUAAUUUUCUUUAAGUAAUGUAGAAUUAAAUUAACGUUUCGAUAUUAACACGAAAAUUAACGAAGUACUUUCUGAAUAUCGUACAACAUAUUAUAAACUUGUGAUUUGGUGUAGAUACUCAAAAAUUCUUUUUAAAAAAGAAAAAUUAAGCUUUCGUUAAAUCACCUGCUGUAAAUAAUGAUCAAAAGUAUGUCUUUGCUACUGUCGGAUUCUGCAUAUACAAUGCUAUAAAAUUGAAUUAAAAUCAACAUUCCUAAGUAUUCCUUCAAAUUCCUAAUAUUCUAAAAGUCAUUUAAAAUAUAGCCCACUUUUAGAAAUUUAAGUAAUACAAAAAUAAAUAAUAUAAUAAUACAUAAUUAGAAUUAAAAGCUUUCAGCAAUAUUAAAAUUGGAUUAUCGAAUACGGCAGCUAAAAAGGAAUGAAAACUACGCAUUUGAUAAUAUUUUAGCACACAAUUAAAAUUCUACAUUGAUAAGCAUCAGUUUUAAACAUACACAAUGUUUUUAAUACUCGUAACUCGUAUGAAAAAAAAAAUGUAAACAUUUGUUGUAUUCUCAUGUGUGUGUAUAUAGUAAUUAAAAACAAGUC